AUGGACAAGUUCACGACUCUCGAGCCUGUCCGGCUCCACAACGCCCCCGUACCCACCCCUCAUUCCGCCCGCCCGUCCUCGAACCGCUUCUCAUUCCACCGCCCUGCGGCCGCCGCUCCCACACAUGUUCGUACGAAGAGCUACGCCCCCUUCCAGCUUAUCGGCAGGCUCCCCGUCGACCUCCAUAUACUCGUCCUCACCUAUCUCGCCGUGCCUGAUAUCUGCGCAUAUGCUCGCGUGAACCGUGCUCUUGGGAAUCUUGCCAAGGACGACCGCGUUUGGGAUGCCCGCUGGAAAGCGUUCGCCAUCGACAAGCACAAGCUUUCACCCGUCCUCGACUCUCUCGAGCAUAGGCUCAAGGUCCAGAAUGGUCUCCACCGCAACGACGCGCCCCCUACUCUUGCCGCAGAGAGCCUGGAUGACGACUUUGGAGACUUCGCCUCCAUCGACGCCCAAGCCGGCGAGAUGGGCGACUUCGUCGGUGCGUUUAGCAUGCCCACUCCUCGCACUCCCGCCUUUGUCCUCGCCGGCCCUCAGGCGAAGACGAGCCGUGCGCUCUACAUGCGCGCCCACUCCCUCUUGCUUCCACUCAUACCUGCUCUCUCGGCUCCUCCCCAUGCCGUCCUUUCCAAAAUCUUCCCUUCCCCGGCCCCGCCGCUACGAGAUCAGGCCCACACCCUUCGCCUGCUCUCGAUCUUUCUCUCUCAUACUGUCAAGCCACUUCGUCAUUGGGAGACACUCUCUGUUGCCCUCCGAGCGGGCAUUGACCGUUUCGAAGACGGGCUGCUCACCGCGUUCGAUGUUGCGGACGGCAAGGACGACGAAACCGCCAUGCGAGAGGCUGCGGAGGCUAGCUGGGAAGUCUGGGAUGGCACUGGCGGGGAGUGGGAGUUGGGUAAAGUCUGGGCGGAGAAGCGGGAGAUCUUCUACGAGCAGAGCAAGUGGAAGCCGCUGGACAACUUCAACCAGGAUUCGCAGCUUGACUUCGACGCCAUGGACGAGUUCAUCGCAGAUAUCCUUGCUGCUCUCGAGGAGCACGGCGCGCGCGCCGUUCGAGUGUUUCCGGCAGAGGCGAACGUGCUCGUCUCGUUCGCGGAUCGACUUGCGAACGAAGUGGUCGGGGACUACAUCACUUCAUUACUUACUCGCGCCCGCGAGAUCUCGAACGCGAUAUUCCUCCAAGCUACCGCGGCUAGCUUCAAAGAGUCAUGGCGAAUAGUGGAUACGAUCAUCAAGGUCGGCUCUCAAGGCUCGAACACACCAUUUCCGAAGACUCAGGCAGAGGACGUCGUCUAUCGCAUGUUUGAGCAGAAUAUGGACGAGUACCUCGAUGAGGAGGUCGAAUUUGUCAAGCAAAGUUUUGAGAUGACCUGCCGUUCAUGGGAGAAACAACUUUCGGAACACCGAAUCGCCACCGACAGUUCGAAUGCCGACCACGCCCGCUUCUUGGGCUCCCACAACCCUGCGCAAGUGAAGCGGACCGUCCUCGCCUCAUUUACCGAUGUCCUCCUCCUCCCCGUUACCAUCGUUCCACGAACGGUCGGGGCUGUGGGCGCAGCAAUCACUACCGGCGGGAAUGCUGCCGUACAGGGUAUCCAGAUGCUCAACCCGCAGCGGUGGGUAGGACCAGGGAUAAACACCGGCGCAUUUCCGUUCGCUCGCCCGUGGAAUGCCAACGAGAAAGAGGGCUAUGUCCGCAAUUUCGACAAGGACAAUGGGAUGCUUUUCGACAUCGGUCCGGACGACGACGACGAGCCGGAGGUGUUGAACGAGAAGCAGUCGACGCCGCGAUCGUCAUUGACGGUUUCCGUCGCCGAGAGCUCGGCCAGCACGGCGCCGACGUCUGUACAGUCAACGAGGGUGUCCACACCAAAUCCUGGCGCCACUCUCGACAAGCUGGAUCUUCUUCUGUCCCUCGACAUUGGGCUUGAGCUCAUCCAAGCCGACCGAGAGUCACUCAAGCGCGCAGAGACGUUUGCUGGAUACCCGGGGUCGUACGGACAUCGCGUACGCGACACGAUGGAGGAACUUUUCGUCCUGCUCCUUAUCUCGCUCGGUGAACGCCACAUCAAGCCAGGCUUCGAGACCGCAACCGAGCGGAUGAAGUCGUACAAGCCCAGCGAGCACGACGAGACGAAGAGUGUCGCACCACUGCUCCAGUUCUUUGAGCUCGUGCACGCGCCUCACAUCGACCGCACAGACUUCUUGAAUACGGUGGUGCGCGAGAAAAAGCGCUUCGAGGAUAUCCUAGACGACAGCGUCGCCGCGGGUCUCAAUGCCGCUACGGACGCUCUCAUGAACCAGGUGGAGCACAUCAUCCAGAAGCUCACAAAACCACGCGAGUACUACCCGUCGGAAGAUACCCCGCUGGAGCUCGGUGCCACAGAGGGCUGCCGAGAAGCAAUCAAGUGCCUGCAGAUGCACUGCCAGCUGCUCAAGGGUAGCACGAGCAAGGAGGUCCUCGAGGUGUUCUACCAGGAGGUCGGGAUCCGUCUCAUCGCCAUCUUGCAGAAGCACAUCAAGCGGCAGAUCAUCUCGCUGAGCGGUGGUUUCCUGAUCAUCGCCGACCUCAAUGCAUACCAACACGCCAAGGACCUCGCGCAAAUCGUCCGGGAUGUGACGCGGUACGGCGGCGCGUACCGCCCCGAGGACAUCUACGAGUUCAUCCAACGCCGGUCGGACUGGAAGAAGAUCGAGAAGACAGUGGACAAGACGAUGUACAACCUCUCGUUCAAGGAGGACUGCGUCAUCUCAUGA